AAAAGACUAAUGGCCCAAGAGAAAAAUGGGUGAUGGAGAUGAAAAGAUAAUUACAAGAGAAGGAACAUAAACAGCUUUCAAGCAUAUGAAAUAUUGUUCAAUUUCAUUCACAAUAAUAGAAAUGCAAAUUAAAACUAUUGCAAGAUUCCAUCUUUCUCCUAUCAGAUUGGCAAGGUCACAUCCCUUGAUGAUGCAUUGUGUUGGUGACGCAUGAGAAGACAAUCUUACACAAUGCUCAUGGGAGUGGAAAUUGGUACAAACUUUGUGAAGGGUGAUUUGCCAUCAAAAUAGCAAAUUCAAGAAUCCAUCAAUCUGGCAAUUUCUCUUCUAAGAGUUUAUGGCAGGGAUGUAGCCAGAUACGUAUGGAAUGAUUCAGGCACACUGUUAUUCAUUGCAAUAUGGUUACAAUAGGAAGAUAUCAGAAAUGUUAGAAGCAACUUAAAUGUCUCUCAUAGGGAAUAAAUAUACAUUGCUGAUACAAUAGAAUACUAUGAAGAACUUCUUCAUGUAGCCAUAUAUAACGAUCUCUAAGACAUCUUAAGGAGCGGGAGGACCAGAGUCAAUCACAGUGUGUGUAGUUCUCUGAUGGGACACAGAGCCAGGUCCUUCCCGGGGCUGGCGCGGUCCCAGGAAGGUGUCUACGUUUGCUGCCGGCUGCAGCGCCCUGCAACUCCUCAGCACACAGAGCUGGGCUCUCUUCGGGACGGAGACGGAGGGGAAGGGAAGAUAAGCAGGUCCAGCACCAAGUCCAGCCAGCCCUGGGCCUCCAGGCAGGGAAAGGACGGCAGUGAGAAGCGAGGGACCCAUAGGGGUCACCAGAAGCCCGCCCAGGUGCUAACACCUAGCACACCUCUCAUCUGGGCUGGGCUCACCAAAGUGGAGUAAAUACAGAGAUGCUACCAAGACCUGGGAAACCACGACUCCAAGGAGGGAACCAGGGACAGAUCUGAGAAGUUGGAGAAGGAGAAAGGGGAGGAGGAGCCCUCGGAGAAGGAGCAGGAGCCGUGCCCUGGCCGGCUCGCAAACCGGGGGAGCCGGUUCCUUCUGGGAGCGGACCACUUGCUCUGCAGCUCCCCCCGCCCCGCCUCCCUCCGCCACCCCCCUCCUGCCCCCGCCCACAGGUGGCCACUGGCUCCCAGAAUGCAGCAGUGCUGCGCCCUCGACCCCGCCCCCUCAGGGCACUGCAGGUCGGCCACUGCAGGACCUUGGACGCCAUGGAGAGUAGUUUUCUCUGGUCUCAGUUCCCUCCACCCUUCUUCCCACCCGGGGAGGCACACUGGACACGGCCUGGGGCCAGGGGCUGGGAAGUUCUCAGCACUGCUCUUCUCCAGCAUGUAGAGAGAAGUCUGAGGGUUCAGUUCACUCUGCUGCUGAGAGGGAAUGUGGUUCCCCAGCCUUGUGCAGUUUUAUGGUGAGUCUUUCUCCAUUUCACAAGUCGGUUAUUACUCGUGAUUGAUGCUCACCGACCAAGCCCAAACAAACGUGCGCGGCACACUCCACAUACCACACACACAGACACAAAUAUUUGUCGGCUCACAUGGGCUGGGAUGAGGAUGCCAUUUCCACCUGGGAGGAGCUCCGUGAUCAGACCUUCGGCUGCAGCCUCUGCCUGUGGAAGGAACCAGGGCAUCCAACGUCCACUGCUCUGGUUUCCAAGGACUGACAUUCUUGAAACAAGGUGCACUGCUGAGUGCCAGGGUCUUCUCUUACCCCCAGAGAAGAUGCGAGAGCGGAGCCCCCACUCCAGAGCCCCAGACUGUGGCCAGCCUCUUCUACCUCUCCUCAACCUGGGCUAAUGACAGGUCUUCUUAUAGAUGUAUUUUUACCCUCUGGACAAAUAGCAGUUGGGACGAGUGGGGCUUUUUUAUGAGUCGAGGUACUCGGGGCUGGAAAAUAAACAGCCAGCUAAUGAGACGUUCUUAUGGAAACUGGCAUAAAUAAUAACAAAGCAAACAUCCUGUCUCUUGUGCCAACACCCCCGGGUGAGGGGAUAUAAAAGCUGCGGUCCUGCUGGCCACUGUCAGACCUGGGGGAACUCCGGCCGCGUUGCUGACCUGCGAGCUGACCUGCUGGGACCAUGGGGUGCUGCCCAGGGGAUUGUUUCAAGUGCUGCACCCAACAAGACUGCUGUGAGGAGUGUUGCUGCCAGCCCGCCUGCUGCGGCUGCUGCGGGUCCUGCUGCGGGUCCUGCUGCGGUUGUGGAGGCUCUGGCUGUGGAAGUGGCUGCUGUGGAUCUUCUUGCUGUGGAUCUGGCUGCGGGGGCUGCGGAGGCAGCGGCUGUGGAGGCAGCGGGUGUGGAGGCAGUUGCUGUGGCUCCAGCUGUUGUGGCUCUGGGUGCUGUGGCUCCGGGUGCUGUGGCCCUGUGUGCUGCCAGCCCACACCUGUAUGCGACACGAAAUGAAGACCUUUCCCCUCACCACCGAGGCGGUGCCAGUGAUAGCCUCCAUCUGCUCCAGCUGGAGACCCCCUCGUCUCCAGAGCCCUCCCUGGCCCCAAGACACCGUCUUGCCUCUCCUGUCACUUGUAGAGGAGAGCUUGUUCUCCAAUACCUGCCCCGGUGCUUCCAGGCACUGAGAACAAGAGUCAUUUCUUGGUGAGAAAUUAAAACUGGGUCUCGAGGAAGUGAUCCCUGAGUUCAAAGGGUGAAUUCCCAUGGCUUUAUUUGCAAAAAGUUCAAUACCUUGUCACUAUAAGUCAUUCUCUUAUUUGAGGUGUCUUUGGGACUGAUCUUCCUCCCUAGCUUUCUGCUGCUUUGGAGUUUAAAAAAAAAAAAACAACAACCCAAAAAACAGAAAACAAUCAAAAAACUUU